CCUAUCCCUUUUAUUGAACUCCGUGAAUUCGUAGUUUCACAAUGUCGCGGCGGGGUGUGGCCCUGGCGUUUACGCCUCUAUCAAACGUCCUUCGCGAUGGAUCCAUAGCGCCCUGCGUAGCCGUGAACCUGACGGCGCUGGGUGCCGCGCCGUCUGUCCCAUCAGCCGUCGUCAACGUCUCGUCGCAGCGCCCGUCCGCAGGAAAUGGCAACGUGUCUUCCCCCGGAGCGCGUGGGAAGGCUUCCCUUAUCCCACUUCUCAACUCCACCCCCGUGACCCCGACGCCACGCUUCUCAUCGCCACUCCAUGCACGGUGCUUUAGCGCGAGCGCAGCACCAACCGGCGGCCAAGGUGCUGGCGGAGGCGGCGAGGCACGGAUGUCUCUGGGAGAGGCUCUAAACCGGUUGGUGGACGCAGCUAUUGAGAAGGUGGAGGUGGGGCAGAUGGAUGAGGCGGUGUCUCUCCUCAAGGAGGGUCUCAACACCUUCGAGCCCAUGUUCCCCAACAGCCCCGAGCUGGGCGAGCUGCACAACCAGGCGGCGCUGCUGCUGCUGUUCCAGAACAAGGCGGAGGAGGCCGCGCACCACGCGCAGGUCAGCCUGGAGACCACCAAGCGCCACUUCGGCGCCACCAGCAUCCUCACCGGCCACCGCCUGCUGCGGCUGGGAGUGGCGCGCUUCGCACAGGGCAAGCUGGCAGACGCUGCGGGGCUGCUGCGGGAGUCCUACGACCUCAUGUCCGCAGGCGGCGCUGCUGCCGCCGCCGGCGCCUCCUCCCCCGCCGCCGCCGCCGCCGCCGCCGACCCGGGCAGUCGCUUCGAGGCGGGGUUCUACCUGGAUAUCGUGGCACUGGCGCACGUGCGGGAUGCGGGCGGCGUUGAGACGCUGGGCCCCAACCUGAAGAGCAACAUGCGCGGCCUGAAGGACGCGUACGGCGCCGACAGCAUGAUCCUCUCCUUGGCGCUGUCGCAGCACAGCCGCCUGGUGCACGGCGCGCUUGAGCAGUCGGACUUCAGCGUGGGGGAGGCGCUGCUGAAGCAGCACAUCGCGCUGCUGACGGAGGUGGCGGGGGGUGACGCGGAGGACGUGGCGGUGGCGCGGUACAAGCUGGCUACGUACUACUACACGCACGACAUGCUGCCGGAUGCGGCGGCGGCGGUGCGGCAGGCGGCCAUUGCCAUGCGGGUGCACUACCCGGAGGACCAUGACAUGUUGGUGCUGUGCAAGCACCGGCUGGGCAUGAUCUGCGCGGCGCAGGGCGACCACCGCGCGGCCAAGCAGCUGCUGCAGGCCAGCCACAAGCACUUCAGCAACGAGGGCAGCCAGAGCAUGCUGGCCAAGGAGGCCGAGAUCGGCCUCGCCAUGGCAAAGUUCCGGGCGGUGGACGUCGCGCGUGAGACUUCGUCGCGCAGGGUGCAGCUGCAGCAGGAGGCGCUGGAGCAAUUGCGCAAGGAGAUUGAGGCGCUGGCAGAGGCUAUCGGCCACGGCCACAUGCUGGUCCAGGGCGCGACGCGGUACUACGGGCAGCUCUCGAAGCUUGCUCGGUAGCGGGGCUGGGAGUGUUCACAUGGGCUGUCCGGCAACGAGGCAACUUCCUUCGGAUUCACCUAUCGCGCUGUCGCUGUAAUUGUAACAUAGAUAUACAAUUACACUUGGGCAGUAUGAAAUGUUUACCAUGCCCUGAGUGGGCUGACUGUUGGCUGGCUGGUUAAUGUUUUGACAGAUGGCUGGGAACCACCCUAGCUUGUCCUUCUGGAAAGCUAAGGAAGCAAUUGCAAAGAGGUUUGCUAAUAGGAAGCCUCCUGUUGAUAUUGGAACCCGCGACACUUUAUGUAGAGUGCUACCGGGACUCUAUCUUUCCAGCUGUCACCUUGAGGCGCAAGCGGAUAUCCUGAGGAAACAUGGUGUAACACACGUACUGCAGAUGAUGCCUUAUUUUUGGGCCCAAUGAAGUAAAGGGGAAGCGCUUAGCACAUGGCCCUUAUUCAUGUCCGUUCCACGUAGGUUGGACGGGAGCUGUCGCCCACCCAUCCCUCGGCUUUCACCUAUAAGGGUGUUCCAAUCUACGAUUUGGAGCAAGAAGACAUUGUAGAGCACUUUCGGGAAUGCUUCGAGUUUAUGAACAAUGCGAGGGAGACGGGCGCCGUGUUGGUCCACUGCGCUGCCGGGGUGUCCCGGUCCGCCAGCAUGGUGAUCGGCUACCUCAUGGCAACCGGGGGCAUGUCGCUGGAGGCGGCGCGUGCGGCCGUGAAGGCCAUCCGCCCCAUCAUCAACCCCAACGCCGGCUUCCUGCUGCAGCUGCAGCUCUUCCAGCAGGCGGGGUGCAGCGCCGAGGGCUGGACCCCCUGGAGCCUGGAGCGGUUCCUGGAGGUGCGUGCCGCGGUGCAACCCGGUGACGACGCGACGAGCGCAGUGGCGGCGGCUGGGGUGUCCGCUGCCGCUGCUGCUGCUGCCAGCGACGACGUCCGCGGCGCCUGCGAGGUCUCCCCCCCGGAGCUGAGCCAGGAGGAUUCCGUGAGCCCCCUCAACAGCCCCUCCACCAGGCCGGCGGCGUCGGGGACUGAGCGGGGGGUCGGACCCAGCAGCAGCGGCGGCGGUGGCGGUGGGAGGAGGCUUGGCAGGGGCGCGGGGCCGCGUAGCAGCGUCGCUGCAUGGCUGGUGGCGGAGGCGAAGGAUGAAGUGCACGCCGAGACGUCGGCGGGAGGUGAAGAUGUCCGGAUUGGAAGCGGCGCAGGGGAGGACAAGGCACAGGGGCAAUCUGGGCUGCAGGUGCACACCCGCCCGCACUCGUCCAUCCAGCCCUCAUCGCAGGAGGGACAACCUGAGGCCGCUGGGUUUCCAGGCCAGGCAGACCCCACCGCCGGUGGCAGCACAUGGGAACCGCAUGGCGUAUCCGGCGGGGAGGCGCUGGGGGGUGCUGGGGAGCGGCGCCUGGCUAAGACCACCUCCCUCCUGACUCCGUGCCGCGUGGCAGCAGACGACUACCCGCGGUACUGCUACGGGGCUCACUCCUACGGUAAUGCUGACAGCGGCGGCCACAGCAGCAGCAGCGGGGUUGUGGGUAUGGCCUCGGAUAGCGUCGUGACGGCUGCGGCAGCGCUGGCGCAGUCACCCGGCGCCAUGCGGCAUGCCGAGGCGCUGAGCUCUGUGAGCCUGACGCCACCGGCUGGGGUUGGGGAUGCUUCGCGC